AUGGCAACCCAGAUGAGCAAGAAGCGAAAGUUUGUGGCCGACGGAGUCUUCUUCGCCGAGCUGAAUGAGGUUCUGACCAGAGAGCUGGCAGAGGAUGGCUACUCUGGCGUCGAAGUUAGGGUCACCCCUGUUCGCACUGAGAUCAUCAUCAGAGCCACUCGUACUCAGAACGUUCUCGGCGAGAAGGGUAGGAGGAUUAGGGAGCUGACAUCUAUAGUUCAGAAGCGGUUCAAGUUCCCUGAGAACAGCGUUGAGCUCUACGCUGAGAAGGUGAACAACAGGGGUCUCUGCGCCAUUGCUCAGGCUGAGUCUCUCCGUUACAAGCUCCUUGGAGGCCUCGCUGUUCGCAGGGCUUGCUAUGGUGUGCUGAGAUUUGUCAUGGAGAGUGGCGCAAAAGGCUGUGAGGUUAUUGUGAGUGGAAAGCUCAGGGCACAGCGUGCCAAGUCAAUGAAGUUUAAGGAUGGCUACAUGAUAUCAUCUGGUCAGCCCGUCAAUGAAUAUAUUGAUUCUGCUGUGCGACAUGUUCUUCUUAGACAGGGUGUGCUUGGUAUUAAGGUGAAGAUCAUGCUCGACUGGGAUCCUAAGGGUAAGCAGGGGCCAAUGACCCCAUUGCCUGAUUUGGUGACCAUCCACUCUCCCAAGGAAGAACAAUAUCUUCCAGUUCCACCGGUGGCGGCAGUCAACAUAGAGGCUCCUGCAGUUGCAGUAGCUUAA